AUGACUGGAAUCGUGUGUACCAAUUUGCAAGUGGAAAUAUUGUUAAAGUACCCUCAUUACGAAACAUUUGACUUCGACUCAUCGCUUUGGAAGAAUAAAAAUAGUUAUCAGGUUGAAAAUGGCAAAACAGGAAUGGAUGAUUUGGAAACAAAACUUCCUACCUACUGGAGCACCAAGAUAAACAAAAUAUGCGUUGGAAUGAGAUUCGAUGGUGAAACAAACUUUAUCAGCUUCGAUCUUCAAGCUAAAUCGUUGUACGAUAUCAUUGCUGGUGGAAAAUACCACAAAACCAAUGUGAGCCGAAACAAAUGGAUGUCAUUGAUUAAAGACAGUGUUCUUCAACCAAACUGCAAUAAAGAGGGUUUCAGCGUCGUUGACGAGUUAAAUUCACACCCUCGUGUAAGGAUAGGCAUCAUAGGAAAUAAUGGAAACAAUUGUAGGACAAGUGACUCUUUCAUUGGGUUUGGCUCUACAUACCCGUAUUGCAGGCAAAACGCUGAAAUAAAUAGCUGUGGGAAAUCAGCUUACUGCCACAAUAAGAAUAAAGCGAAACAAUUUAAAUCAAUGGGAUACAUUUUUGUUUUUAAAUUAAAAUAAUGCUUAUGUAAACUACAGUUGCUUUUGUUUAAGUUAUAAAUAUGUGUAAUUUGUUUUAUGUAUUGUUAUGCCAACAAGCUUUAGCAGUGCUUAAUCUACUUUCUUUUUUGUUAUCAGUUAUAUGUAUAAUCCAAUAACCUUUCCUCUGAAUAAUAUAUACCAGACUUUUAACAACCUUAUUAUAGAAAGCCAUUAUUUAAAGGCUCUUAUUUGGUAUUUCUAUGUUAAGGAAAAAAUAUAUGUAUUAAUUACGAUUUGUGAGUUGAAUAUUGGUAAUAAAAUUCAGUUUCCUUUAAUCCAA